AUGACUAGAAACCAGAAUGAUGAUGGUGCAUCUAGCAGUAAGACUAUCAACACUGAUGAUGUGGGAUCUUGGUCAUACCUUAAUCAUGAUGUGCUUUUAUUAGUUAUGAUGCAACUGGGAGUCAUCGAUUUUCUUGCAUUUAGUGGUGUUUGUAAGUCAUGGAGAUCAAUAGCACUCAGUAACAGGAAAAGUUUUAUGGCGUCCAAACCACCAAUGCUGAUGUGGAUCCCUCCCCGGAGUAAUAAUAAGGAUAAAAUAUUCUGCCUAGAGGACUAUAAAAGAAGAACGUUCAAAACCGCACUAACACAUUCUGCUGGAAUGUACUGUAUUAGAUUAACUUGUGGAUACUUGAUCUUGUUCAGGAUAAAAACAAAGGACUUCUGGCUUGUGAAUCCUAUCACUAGACGUGAACUUAAUUUCCCUCCUGCUCCUGAUGAUUACAUCACUUCUGUUCUUGUCUUUUCACCUUCAAUAUCUAAGUUUGUGCUUGUUAUGUUUGCAAAGAAGCAAAUAUGGUUUUCUAUAGAGGAUGAGGGAGCAUGGAAUUGUGUUUCCUCCACUUUCGACUUCACCAAUUAUAAGGAUUUACAUGUUUUUAAGGGGAAGAUAUAUACUUUAAACUCUUAUAAUUAUCAUUUAUGUGAACUCACACUCAAUCCUGAGCCCAGAGUGAUGUUACUCGAAACCAAGAUUCUUCUGGAUGAGCCCGAGCACGAGUCAGACAUAUUUUUUCCACAGCUUGUAAGUUGCGGUGAAAACCUUUAUGUGACGGUAAGCUCAGCAUAUGCAGAUGUGAUCAGUGUUUAUAAACUAGACUCUGGCAAAAUGGAAUGGGUUCCUUUUCAAGAUACAGGAGAGGAACAUGGUUUCUUUAUGAGUCAAGCGGGUCAUAAUGCUGCUGUUAAACCAGAGUUGUGGGUCGAGCCUUGGUCACAGUACCCGAGAUCUUAUGUUACUGAUGGAGGUGGACAUGGCAGGUUUUUUCCAGCAGAUGAGUGGUGGUAUUUCCCACAUGAUUGUUUGAAUGUUAAUCUCUUAGAUGAGUCAUCAUGA